AACGCAAAGCGACCGCGCCCCGCCCCGCACCUCCGUAGAUAUUCGGAUUUUGCACGAGUCUUCUCCGAACCACUAUCGGCAGCGGUGUGCCGUGUUUCGCGACGUGUUUUAUUAUUUACAUUGCCACAAGAAGAAAUAGGAAAUCGCGAAUUGCACAGUUGGCUACCGAAUGCCGAUCCCGGUCGAUACAUUGUUAAUAAUGUUGUAAAAGUCUUCUCACUGCGUCGCAAUUUCGUUGUGGACAUAUUAUAAACGACUGGAUCUGAUUAAGACUAAUAUUUUGUAUGAAAAAGUGUUAGUGGUAAUAAUAACUGUAAUUAGGAGCUGCUCCUUCUCUGAUCGUUCAAGUAAUUUUAAUAUCCGAAGACAUUCCCUUGAGACGCGAUGCCGAGCGCAGUGGUGAACGGCGGCGGCGCGGCGGCACGGGCGGCCGCCGACGAAGUGGUGGUGACCGGGCUGUCGGGCCGCCUGCCACAAUCCGACAACAUCGAGGAGUUCGCGGAACAGCUGUUCGCCGGUGUCGACCUCGUCACGGCGGACGACCGACGUUGGAUGCCCGGGUUGCACGGGCUGCCGGAACGCAAUGGCAAGCUCAAAGACUUGGAGCACUUCGAUGCCACUUUCUUCGGCGUCCACGCCAAGCAGGCCCAUCUCAUGGACCCGCAAUUGCGACUGCUUCUCGAGAUCACGCACGAAGCCAUCGUGGACGCGGGCCUCAACCCGGCCGAGCUGCGCGGCUCGCGCACGGGCGUCUUCGUCGGCGUCUCCAACUCCGAGACCGAAGAGAUGUGGACCGAGGACCCCGAUAAGAUCAACGGCUACGCGCUGACCGGCUGCUGUCGGGCGAUGUUUCCCAACCGCAUCUCGUACACCUUUGACCUGAAAGGCCCCUCCUACGCUAUCGACACCGCCUGCUCCAGUUCCAUGUUCGCGUUGGCGCAAGCCGCGGCGGCGAUGCGCGCCGGCCAGUGCGACGCGGCCGUCGUCGCCGGGUGCAACCUGUGCCUGAAACCGGCCAACUCGCUGAACUUCCACCGGUUGAGCAUGCUGUCGCCGGAGGGUCGGUGCGCGGCUUUCGACGCCGGCGGUCGCGGCUACGUGCGCUCCGAGGCCGCCGUGGCCGUGCUGCUGCAGCGCCGAGGCGCGGCGCGGCGCGUUUACGCCACCGUCCGAGGCGCCCGAAUGAACACCGACGGCCACAAAGAACAGGGCAUCACCUUCCCCUCGGGCGCCGUGCAGCGUCGUCUGGCCGAGGAGACCUUCGCGGAGGCCGGCCUGCGCCCGCAAGACGUGGCGUACGUCGAGGCGCACGGAACCGGCACCAAGGUGGGGGACCCGCAAGAGGUGAACGCGAUAGCGGACCUGUUCUGUCCGGGGCGCAGCGAGCCUCUCCUGCUGGGCUCCGUCAAGUCUAACAUGGGUCACUCGGAGCCCGCUUCGGGGCUCUGCUCCGUGGCUAAGGUUCUGCUGGCCAUGGAGCGCGGCUGUCUGCCCGCGAACCUGCACUACCGCGAGCCGAACCCCGACAUCCCCGCGCUCGGCGACGGCCGCAUUAAGGUGGUCGACCGCAACACGGAGUGGGACGGCGGGCUGGUGGCCGUGAACUCGUUCGGCUUCGGCGGCGCCAACGCCCACGUCAUCCUGGAAUCGGAACGCGGAGGCGCCCGGGCGCCCGCCGCCUACGAAGUGCCGCGCGUGCUCGUGGCGUCCGGCCGAACGGAGGAGGCGGCGCGCGAGCUGCUACGGCUGGGCGCGCAGCACCCCCGCGACUCGUCGCUGCACGCGCUGUUGGACGCCGUGCACGCUCAAAACGUCCCCGGACACGCGCACCGCGGCUUCUGCGUGCUCACCGACCCGCCCCUCGAGGAGAUCGCGGAGGCGGAGGGCGGCGCCCGUCCCGUGUGGUUCGUGUUCUCGGGCAUGGGGUCGCAGUGGGCCGGCAUGGCGCGCGGUCUGCUGCGGCUGCCGGCAUUCGCGCGCAGCGUCGAGCGCAGCGCCGCCGCACUCAAGCCGCACGGGCUCGACCUGCUGCACGUGCUCACGGAGGCGCCCGACGCCGCCUUCGACGACGUCAUCAACUCGUUCGUAUCCAUCGCCGCCGUGCAGGUGGCCCUCGUAGACGUGCUGCGCGUCGCGGGCGUCGUCCCCGACGGCAUAGUCGGCCACUCGGUCGGCGAGAUCGGUUGCGCGUACGCGGACGAGACGCUGACGGGCGAGCAGGCGGUGUUGGCCGCUUACUGGCGAGGCCGCAGCAUCGUGGACGCGAAGCUGGGUCCCGGCGCGAUGGCGGCCGUGGGCCUGUCGUGGGAGGAGUGCGAGGCGCGUCUCCCGCCGGGCGUGGUGGCGGCCUGCCACAACGCCGCCGACAGCGUGACCGUGUCGGGCCCCGUGGCGGCCGUGGAGAGCAUGGUCGCCGAGGUGAGCGCGGCCGGCGGGUUCGCUCGGCGAGUGAACAGCUCGGGCGUGGCCUUCCACAGCCGGUACAUCGCGUCGGCCGCGCCGCUGCUGCGCAAGAGUCUCGAGCGGGUCAUCCCCGACCCGAAGCCGCGCACGGCGCGCUGGAUCUCCUCCUCGCUGCCGCGUGAGCAGUGGGAUUCCGACCUCGCCCGUCUGAGCGACGCGGCGUACCACGUCAACAACCUGCUGUCCCCCGUGCGGUUCGCGGAAGCGCUGCGCGAGGUCCCCGAGCGCGCGGUGAUCGUGGAGGUGGCGCCGCACGCGCUGCUGCAGGCCGUGCUCAAGCGCGCCCGACCCGCACCCGCCGCCGCCCACGUGCCUCUGCUGCGUCGCGACGCGCCCGACCCUCUGGCGCACCUGCUGGCGGCGCUGGGCCGCCUCUACGCCGCCGGCGCGCAGCCGAACCUGGGCGCGCUCUACCCGCCCGUGCCCUUCCCGGUCCCUCGCGGCACGCCCGCGCUGGCCUCUCGCGUGCGUUGGGACCACUCCGUGGAGUGGAGCGUGGCUCACUUCGGCUCGCCGCGCUCCGGCGAGAACGUCAUCGAGUACGACCUGUCCCGCGCGGACGACGCCUUCGUCGCCGGGCACGACAUCGACGGCCGCAUCCUGUUCCCGGCCACCGGGUACCUGACGCUCGUGUGGAGGACGAUGGCGAAAUUGAGGAACAAGAGGCCCGAGGACACCCCGAUAGUGCUCGAGAACGUGCAAUUCAAGCGCGCGACCAUCGUCAGCCGCGAUGCGCCCGUCCGCUUCCUGAUCAACGUGCUCGAGGGCACGGGCGAGUUCGACGUGUGCGAGGGCGGCGGCGUGGCCGUCACGGGGCGCGUGCGGCUCGCGGACGACGGCGCCGAAGAGCGCCUGCCGCCGCCGCCGGCUCCCGCCGCCGACGCCGGUGCGACGACCCUCCUGACCGACGACAUCUACAAGGAGCUCCGGCUGCGCGGCUACAACUACGGCGGCGUCUUUCGCGGAAUCCGCUCGUCGGACGACCGGGGCGUCGCCGGGGAGCUCGCGUGGAACGACAACUGGAUCGCCUUCAUGGACACGAUGCUGCAAUUCGCCAUCAUCGGCUCCGACACGCGCGAGCUCUACGUGCCGACGCGGCUGCGGCGCGCCCUCAUCGACCCUCGGGCGCAGCGCGCCGCCGUGGCGGCCGCCGUCGACGGCGCCGUGCCGGUGCGCAUGCUCCGCGACGUCGACGUCAUAUCCGCGGGCGGCGUCGAGUUCCGCGGCCUCAAGACGAGCCUCGCGCCGCGCCGCGCUAACGCGCAGGCCCCGCCCAAGCUCGAGAAGUACGCGUUCGUGCCGUACGACGGUAGACAGACCGUCGUCGACCGCCGCGACGCCCUCGCCUGCGCUCUGCAGCUGCUCCUCGAAAACGCCGGCACCCUGCGCCUCAAAGUGUGCGAGGCGACGCUCGAGCGCACGCCGGAAGCGCUGCUGGCGCCGCUGGCUCUGGAGGUCUUGGAGGGGGAGCCGCAGGUGCGCGUCGAGGCCGCGCUGGCCGGCGGGUCCGCCCACGCCGCCUACGCCGCGGUCGCGCAGAGCUCGGGGGCCAAGACCAGUCCGAAGGACGCCUUCUCCGGCGCCCCGGACGCCGACUGCCACCUGGUGCUCGCGACGGACGUAUUGCGGCGACACGGCGCACCCGUGCUGACGAAUCUCGUCGCCGCACUGUCGGACGCCGGCAUGCUGCUGCUGGAGGAGCCGCACGGCGCGGCGGACGACGCCGCGGCGAAUGUCGUGCUGCGCGAAUGCGGACUGGAGACGGUGUCCAGGGCGCGCACGCCGGACUCUGAAUUCCUGCUGCUCCGUCGAGAGAUGUCGCCACCCGCGGCCCACGUAGUCGUCGACGCGGACGAGCCCUCGUACGCCUGGGUGGAGCGACUCCGCGACGCGUUGAAGCGCGCCGAGAGCGAAGACAUCCGCGUGUACGCGGUUUCGCGCGCGCCCGACUCCGGUCUGCUCGGCCUCGCCACUUGCCUGCGAGCCGAGCCGGGCGGCGCGCGCCUCCGGACUUUCUUCCUGCCCGGAGCCGAGCGGCCUUUCCGACCGGACUCGCCCGUCCACCGCGCUCAGGUCCGCCGAGACCUGGCGGUGAACGUGCUACGCGCGGGGGUGUGGGGCUCGUAUCGACAUCUGAGUGUGACCGGCGCCGGCGACGCGCUCCUGCAGGUGGAGCACGCGUACGUGAACACGCUGACCCGCGGUGACCUUUCGUCGCUGCGCUGGAUCGAGAGCGAGCUGCAUCACGCGGCGGCAGCGGGCCUGGGCCCGCGGGACGAGCUCUGUCGCGUGCACUACGCGCCGCUCAACUUCCGCGACAUCAUGUUGGCUACCGGCAAGCUGCCGCCCGACGCGCUGCCCGGCAACCUCGCCGGACAGGAGUGUAUCCUGGGAUUGGAGUUCAGCGGACGGUCUUCGACAAAUGCGCGCGUCAUGGGCAUGGUGGCGGCGCGAGGCCUGGCCACGACCGUGAUCGCCGACCGCGGAUUCCUGUGGGAGGUGCCCGACAAAUGGACGCUCGAGGAGGCCGCCACGGUGCCGGUCGCCUACGCCACGGCCUACUACGCCCUCGUCGUGCGCGGGCGCAUGAGGCGCGGCGAGAGCGUGCUCGUACACGCGGGCACGGGCGGAGUCGGACAGGCCGCCAUAGCCAUCGCGCUGCACGCCGGCUGCACGGUCUUCACCACGGUCGGCACGCCCGACAAGCGCGCCUUUCUCAGAGAGCGCUUCCCCGCGCUGCCCGAGGAGAACGUGGCAAACUCGCGCGACACGUCUUUCGAGCAGCACGUGCUCCGGCGAACGGGCGGCCGAGGAGUAGACCUCGUGCUUAACUCGCUCGCCGGCGACAAGUUGGCCGCCUCCGUGCGAUGCCUCGCGCCCGGCGCGCGUUUCCUCGAGAUCGGCAAACUCGAUCUCUCCAACGACACUGCGCUCGGCAUGGCCGUCUUCCUCAAGAACACAACCUUCCACGGCAUCCUGCUCGACGCGCUGUUCGACGCGCCGGCCGACGACCCCGAGCGGCUGUCGGUCGUGCGCUGCGUGAACGAGGGCAUCGCCAGCGGAGCGGUGCGUCCGCUGCCCGCCACGGUGUUCGGCGGCGGGCAGCUCGAGCAGGCCUUCCGCUACAUGGCCACCGGCAAGCACAUCGGAAAGGUGGUGCUGCGCGUGCGCGACGAGCGGGAAGAGAUGCGGACGGUGGCGGCCGUGCCUCGCACGUACAUGCACCCCGGCCGCAGCUACGUCCUAGUGGGGGGCCUGGGCGGCUUCGGGCUGGAGCUGGCGCAGUGGCUGGUGGGACGCGGCGCGCGCACCCUCGUGUUCAACUCGCGCAGCGGCGUGCGCACGGGCUACCAGGCGUGGUGCGUGCGACGUUGGCGCGAGCGCGGCGUGCGCGUGCUCGUGUCGACUGCGGACGUGAGCGGCGCGGCGGGUGCGCGAGCGCUGCUCCGCGAGGCGUGUUCGCUGGCGCCUGUGGGUGGCAUCUUCAACCUCGCCGCCGUCCUGCGCGACGCCUACCUAGAGAACCUCACGCCGGACGACUUCCGCGCCGUCGCCGCGCCCAAGAUUGACGGCACCAAGGCAUUGGACAUGGCGUCCCGGGAACUAUGCCCCGAGUUGGAGUACUUUGUGGCGUUCUCGUCGGUGUCGUGCGGGCGUGGUAACCCCGGCCAGAGUAACUACGGCUUGGCCAACUCGGGCAUGGAGCGGCUGGUCGAGCUGCGCCAGGCCGACGGGUUGCCCGGCCUGGCCGUGCAGUGGGGCGCCAUCGGCGACGUGGGCCUCGUCGUGGACACGAUGGGCGGCAACGAUAUAGUCGUGGGAGGCACCGUCCCGCAGCGCAUCGCGUCUUGUCUCGAGGCGCUGGGCACUCUGCUGGCGCUGCCCCACCCCGUGGCCGCCUCCAUGGUGCUGGCCGACAAGCGUCGCUCCGCCGCCCAGCCCACGCAGGACCUGGUGCAGGCCGUCGCCAACAUCCUCGGUAUAAAGGAUCCCUCGAAAGUAUCCGACUCCUCUAAUCUGGCCGAGCUCGGAAUGGACUCUUUGAUGGGCGCCGAGAUCAAGCAGACCUUGGAGCGCGGCUACGACGUGGUGCUCGGCGUGCAGGAGAUCCGCGCCCUGACGUUCGCCAAACUGCGCACCCUCGCGGGAGGCGAUGAGCCGGCACCCGCGGCCUCGGUCUCGCCCCCGGCGGAUCUCGGUCAGUCGCCUACGCUGGGCGAGCUAGUGCCCGAGCAGGUGAUCGUGAGGCUGCCCAGCGGCGGCGACGAGACCGGUCGGCCCGCGUUCAUGGUGCAUCCCAUCGAGGGCGUGGUGGAUAUGCUACGGGGCGUGGCGGCCGCCGUGCGGGGGCCCGUCUACGGGCUGCAGUGCACGCGCGACGCGCCGCUCUCCGACAUGAGCGCGUUGGCCGCCUUCUACGUUCGGCACGUGCGCGCUCUGCAGCCGCGACCGCCGUACACGCUGCUGGGCUAUUCCUACGGCGCCGGCGUCGCCUUCGAGAUGGCUCUGCAGCUGGAGAAGGAGGGGCUCGAGGUGCGCCUGGUGCUGGUGGACGGUUCGCCCGCGUACGUCGCGACGCACACGACGCGCGGCAUCAAAAAGCGCGCAAAGCGCUCCGCCGCAACCGACGAGGCGGACGCGCUCGCCUACUUCGUGCAGCUCUUCCGAGACGCGGACGGCGCGAAGGUGUCCGCCGAACUCGAGGGGCUGGCCGACUGGGACGCGCGCGUCACGCGGGCCGUCGAGCUGGCCGGACGGGGAGGCGCCGACGCGGACGACCUGCGCGCCGCCGCCGAGAGUUUCUAUCGCAAGCUGGUCGUGGCUGACGCGUAUCGGCCGCGGGGCAAGGUCCGCGCGCCCGUCGCGCUGUUCACGGCGCGGGACAACUACGUGGAGCUGGCGGCCGAUUACGGGUUGGGCGCGGUGUGCGAGAGCAAGCCGGUGACGCGGCAGCUCCCCGCCGACCACCGCUCCAUCCUCGUCGGAGACCCCGCGCGCGCCAUUGCCGACUGCAUCUCGACGCUGCUGCAAUAGGCGCGAGUGCCGACUUCUCGCGACCGCGCACGCGUUCGUGUCAUAGUGAUCCGUCGCGUCGUUCACUCGCGGUAGAUCCGGAAGAGACUCGGCGGCGCUCGAUACGUAGGGUUACGUAGCGAGAGACGCCGGCCUGCGUCUUCAGAUGUGCUUAUGUUUAUUUAUCCGCCCCACUUUUCCGACCCCGCCAUCUCCUUGUGAAGUGAAGUGAAGAAGAGCCAACGGCGGACGCGAUCUUACAAAUGCAGGAGGGGCGCGGGGCAGAGUGGACUCGCGGGGUCUUAGUCGUAACUGUAUUUAUGUUCUGCUGUAAUUUAUUAGACGAGCUUGGCUCGGGUUUGUGAUACGUAGCAUUCCUUUAGUUUUAAGAGUAGACAUUAAGGCGGGUGUGACGCGCGAAAGCCGUCCGUCGAUUCACGGUCGGCUCAAGCCUGUGAUAAAUAAAUGUGCAUUAUUUUUAAA